AUGGCCUUCUCUACGCGACGAUUGCAUAGAAAAACUCAUAAAACAAUCACUCUGUUACUCUUUGCAUUUCUUUUUUUUACUAUCAAUUAUUUAUCAAAUCGAAAAUCUCACUUCAUUUCAUCGUCAGUCCAACUAAUCGAACCGUUUGAUCGUUCAUCAAUUUUACACAUUACCGGAAAUCAAACAAACCUAGGCACAAUAUCAUCAGUCUACAUAAUUAAUUUACCAGUACGCAAUGAUCGACGAACCGAAUCUAUCGCUAUUAUGCAAGCAUUAAAUUUAGACGCAUUUAUCGUUCCAGCGUAUUCCGUAUUGUCCAAAGAGAUUCUCAGUCGAAAGCAACACAAUUUCUUUUUCAAAACCACCGAGUUAGCUUGUUGGGCAAGUCAUAUGCGUGUAUGGAUAACUAUUGCUAAUACAACGUCUUGUCAGAAUAAUAUUUGGUCACUUGUGUUCGAAGAUGACAUCGAUUUGGAAAUGAUGACCCCGCAAGUCAUUCAGUCGAUACCAAACUCAAUUUGGAAUCAAGCAGAUUUGAUUUAUUUGGGUCAUUGUGCAAAUCCGGCAGGAAAACUUAUCCAUCAGUCAUUGAAGUAUUCCUAUCGUAUUCAUCAAGCCCGUCAUCCAAGUUGCACACAUGCAUAUGCAAUUCGAUCAGAUACAGCAAGAAAACUCGUCUAUCUUCUACCAAAUCCUUCUAGACCUAUCGAUGAUUCAUUAGUUAAACUUGUCAGUAGCCAUCAACUGAUCGCGUAUAGCCUACAUCCUCCUUUGGCAAUACAAAAACCCGUUUCGAAAAACAAUCCCUCCGAUGUCAAUCAAAUCGAUCGAGAAUCAUGGAUUUAUUACAUACAAUUUUCUAUUUACACAUUCGUACAAUGGUUGAAUGGAGUUGAGCCAUACGGCAAGCUACGAAAUUCAACGCUGAAACUAGCAAAUCUAACAAAAGCGGAAUUCUGGAGGGAAAAAUAUGAAAAUGGAAUAUGGAAAUAG